AGCUGCUCUCUCUCCAUACUGAAGCAGGUGUCCAACAUGGCGAACACUGGCAGCAGCUCUCUGGCGACUAUUCUCUUUUUAUUCCUGUUUCAGGCGGCUCUUCUUAAAGGAGCUGCUCAGGAAAUAGUGGUGAGUCAGAACCUGGUGACGGACAAUGUGUCGGUGGUGGAGGGCGAGAUGGCCAUCAUCAGCUGUCGGGUGAAGAACAACGACGACUCCGUUAUCCAGCUGCUCAACCCCAACAGACAGACCAUCUACUUCAGAGACAUGAGACCACUGAAGGACGCUCGCUUCCAGCUGGUGAAUUUCUCCGACAACGAGCUGCGGGUGUCGCUGUCCAACGUGUCGCUGUCGGACGAGGGUCGCUACGUCUGCCAGCUCUACACAGACCCCCCCCAGGAAGCCUACGCUGACUUCACCGUGCUCGUUCCUCCAGGUAACCCCAUCAUCGAGGCGCGUGAUGAGGUUCUGAGCGAGGGCAACGAGACAGAGAUGACCUGCACCGCCAUGAGCAGCAAACCCGCUGCCAGCAUCAGAUGGAUGAAGGGAGAUAAAGAGCUCCCAGGUAAACCCAAAGUGGAGCUGACCUACGACAAGAUGUACACAGUGACCAGCCGGCUGACAUUCACCGUCAGCAAGGAGGACGACGGCGUCCCGGUGGCAUGCAUCGUUGACCACCCUGCAGUGAAGGACUUCCUUGCACAGAAAUACCUCGAGGUUCAGUACAAACCGGAGGUAAAGAUCGUGGUAGAGUUUCCUCAGGGUCUGACAAGGGAAGGAGAGAACCUGGAACUCACGUGUCAGGCCAAAGGCAAACCCCAGCCUCAGCGGGUGAACUGGGUGAAGGUGGAUGACGAUGUCCCGUCCCACGCCGUCAUCACCGGCGGGGAUCUUUACAUCGAAAACUUAAACAAGUCCUACAACGGCACCUACCGCUGCGUCGCCUCCAACACAGUGGGGGAGUCCUUCGACGACUACAUCCUCUACGUCUAUGAUGCUCCCACUACUACCCCUAAACCCACCACCGCCACCACCUCCACCACCACCAUCACCUCCACCAUCUCCCUCCCCGAGGCCAACCAAGACACUGCGCCCAGCACUGAACCUGCAGCUCAUGACUCCCGAGCUGGAGAGGGCGCUCCGAGGACGGUGGACCACGCGGUGAUCGGAGGCGUCGUGGCCGUGGUCGUCUUCGCCAUGCUCUGUCUACUCAUCGUGUUGGGACGCUACUUUGCAAGACACAAAGGUACCUACUUCACACAUGAAGCCAAAGGAGCAGACGACGCCGCGGACGCCGACACAGCCAUCAUCAACGCAGAGGGGGGGCACACCAACUCGGACGAAAAGAAGGAGUACUACAUCUAAAGAGGACCCGACCCCUCGGCGCAGCGUCUGCUUUAUGGAGCUGUUUUUGGGGCAGGAGGUGGAGGGAAAGACGGGUGGAGAUGGAGGCGGGGUUUGUUCAGGAUAGAGGAAGGUUUCAAAGAGAGGAAGGAAGGCCUGGUAUCGAACCGUUGUUUAGUCUAGUCUGCAGAUGUAGAUGGAAUGUUUUGUGUGUAAAAAAACAAAAAAAUUCAAAAAUCCAAAAAAGGACAAAAAAUGGGAGCGGGGUUUUUUUCGGAGGCGGAGGAGUUGGAGGGAGUGGGGGUGGGGUAUGGGGGGGUUUGGAGUGACGUUGCCAGAUAAAUCACUGUAGAGAGCUUCACCAUUCGACACCUCCCUAACUGCUGGUACGAAUUUUAUUUAGUUCAACCAUUUGCAGAAAAUUCUGUGCCUUGUUCUAUCCAUACUUUGGAUUUGCGUUCGAUCCUCAUUUCCCCUUCCCUUCUCCCCCCUCCCACUCGUCUGUUGGCUUUUGUAUGAGGGUAAAAAUUACACAGCCACUUUACUCAUCCCCUAAAUGUGUCCGCACACACACACUGCAAAACUCUUUCCAGUAUACUGUGAUUCGUCUCAAGCCAUUGCUCCCGUCUCUCGUUAUUUAAGUUCGACAGCUCCAGAAAUGCAUGGAAUGCUUCACAUAUCAUUGUACAAAGGACAUCAAUGAGAAACAGGUUUCAUGUACUGUAUAUUCUCCCCCUGAACACACUCAAAACAUAAUCAAAAAGAAGGCAGCAAAGGAUAAUAUGGAAUGAUUUUUAUUGGUGUUUGCAACCUCAGAAGAGAUCUCUCAAACAAUCCUUUUUGAAGAGAAUAUUUUCAUUUAACUAUUUUUGAUUUCCUCUCUUUUAGUCUAUGAUCUGUUUUUUCGCACCAGCUUUAAUUGAGUUGCGAUGAUGAGAUUCAAUUGAUUUCCAUCUGCUCUUACAAAUGGGUUUUAAAAUUGUUUUUCUUGGCAGUCACGAUGACUCCGUAAUAAAGAGGAAUUGGUUUUAAAAUUGGCCAAAAGAUGUAUUGUACAUAACUUUAACAAAAAAACGGCAAAUUUAUUUUAGGAAGCUUCACGAAACAUCCUCCCUGCACACAAUCCAAUGUAAAUCAAGCCAAUGGAAUCACAGCUGUAUAUUACACUAAUCCUUACUAAGAAAUAUUUUUUACUAGAAUUACAAUGUGUGGAUUUCACCGUGUCACACUCAUUGUGUUUGGGAGAGUUCAUGACGUCACACUGAAGAGACAGGCCAGUCUUUCCACCUCCAUCCCAACAUACAUGAUUUGCUUUAAAUGCAGCAGCUUGAGUGCGUAAACAGUUGAUCGUUUCUCUGCAUGUUUGUCCGUGCUAAAACCCAUUUAUUUUUGCUUCUCUAUCCAUGUAUCACCUGCCAGACGUGGAUGAGGAUCUGUUAGUGCUGCAGAUGGUUGAGUAUAAACAGAAUCUUCUUUCAAAAGCGGAUACAAGUAGUACAAUUGGCGCAUUUUUAAGAUUGACCACCAAUGAUGGCUUGGAAAUGUCGGUUUUUUUUUUGCCCUAAAAUCCCUUUCACUUGCCCUAUAUAAAUGAUCUUGGUCUCAAAUCAAACUUUUGAGCUAGAAGAAACCAAAUUCAGACGUCAGGAGUUACUGAAAGAAGUUACUUUUUACCUAAGCCAUAACGUCAAAAUAAUCUGCCAAUGGAAAACUGAGCAUCCCAACACGCACGGCAGGUGGAGGUAGUACUGGUGACAUCAUGGUGUUCAGUGUGGGAUAUCACAUCAAAAGAUAAAGAUGGUACUAGUGUGGUUUAGUGUCCAAGAUGCUUUCUGAUAAGCCCCAAAAAGCUCUGAGGAAGUUUCUAAAUAGUUAAUUUGACUUCCCCAUUGCCGAAAACAUAUAAUUCAAUACCAAAAUCAUCAAAAUGAUGUGGUAGAAUAAUGUUUCCUCUGCUGGAAAUGCAGCAAACUUUAAAAAUAAAGUGGCUUUUUUAAAUGAGUGACCCCAUAGGGAUGAACGUGGACAUUUUGCUGCUUGUAUCCACUUCUUGUUCCAGCUAUCUGCAGCAGUGUGUGUUGCUGGGGAGCGCUGGGGAAUGCAAAAAGUAAUUAAUUUCUUUGAAGGGAAAUGAAUACACAGGUUGUGCUCUGAGGUCGUAAACCGUGGCUGCAUUAAUGCACUGGCUUCGUAACAUCGACGAUGAGGGUGUGUUCAUGGCAUUGUUUGUCGUAAACAUGUGUUCACACAGCAAGAAGCGUGCAUAAUGACUCCAAGGUGUGCUCCGUCAAAGUUUGGAUCAGGCCUUUCGUGUCAUUGUAAAAACCCAUUUCAAAUGAUCAACAUAUCAUCGACCCGAACAGUGGCUGCACAGCAUCUUUGGAGUGGUGUAGGAAUGAGUCCUGAAACCCGGUAAUAAGUCAGCGUUUUACAACUUGCGGUAUUUAGUUUUCCACAGAUCAUAUUUUGUGCCAAUUACCAAAACCUAAUGUAAAAAACCCAUUGGCUUUGUGUCGAGGGAGCCCCUGGGAUGCUGACCUCCGCGUCGUCCUACAAAGUUACUCCAUCACUGCACCACUCACCACAUAUCUGUAGAUACAAAUACAAAAAACAUAUUCGCCGUGAGUAUGUCACUGGUUACCAGUUAAUGGUGUUUCUUGCUGUGUGGACACUUCUCAAUUGCCAUGUUUGAUUGGAGUUUCCCAAUGUGCAACAAACAUUAACAACGUGAUAGCUUUAAUAUAUCAUUCUCAUGCAUGAAGGCUCUCCGUAUUAAGACAUGGGGUCGUACGAAGGGAGGUGAAGAGGUUUCCUGUGAAGUGCAUUAGAUAAUCGCCUGAAAAUCUGUGCAUUUUCUGACAUUUGUUUUAUAUUUUAUCAUGCAGCCGUAGUGAUUGGUGGGAGCUGUUUUCUAUUAGAUAUAGGGGGACUACAGGAGUGUCCAGAUCAUGACAUGCCUCCGUUAUAACGUGAUUUAAUUUAAAUUCUGUACUCGUAAAAAGGAAUUACCACUAAGUUCACACUGUAUGCUGAUGACACUGCUGUUUUGUGUUUGGAUGGGUUUGGGGGUGGGGGAAGGGUUUUCUGAUUAGGUUUUGAUGUUUUCCAGUCUGGUGUCUGAUGAAACUAUUAACUGACUUGUUAUCGUUCAUUUAAGAAUCACAGAGCAGAUGCCACUUCAUGUGUAGAACUGAGAUUGUGUGAUUUGUAUUUUACAGUGAGCACUGUUUCGCUUUCGGUGGCUGCUUCCAUUUUUAAAUCAGACUUCAAAAUAUGUCUUACCGAUAAAGAAAUAGAACUGAGUAUUGUCCUCUUCCUGGAGGGGGCGUUCACACCGGAUGCUAAGCGAAGACUCCAGUUGUACCGCGGCAUCAUUUGUGUUUGCUCGCGCCGCCCAAAGUAGACGUGCUGGUGAGGAGGCGGGGCUUAACUCAAUGUAGAUACCAAUAACACAUCUCUCCGUGACUUAAUUAUAAUACCAAAAUGAGUCCAAUUAACUACAUACUGAUACCAAUUAGUAGCAACCUUGAAUUAAUCUUUCAUUUCUGAUUAGAGUUUGCAUCAACCCGCACGAAAACGUCACUUUGCAUCCGGUGUGAACGCACCACUUAUUUUUUCCCGGUAGGAACGGGAGUGUUGCUCCAGAUGUUUUACCUACCAUUCAUUUCCAAAAAGUUCCACAUUCAAGUAGAUAUUCAGCAAAGAUGAAGAUUCAAUUUGGAUGAAUUAGCAUAAUGAUAUUUGAGGCUGCUGUAUGCGUCAUUUUAUUUUAUAUUAAAGCCCAGUAAAGUGAAAAAAGGUGUCACGGUGUAGUCUCUCCUCAUUAAAUGAAGUUGUCCUCUCUCUGGUUCAUGCGUUGCUAAAUGAUGUGACUGCAUCUCAGGUAGAAUGCAAAGUUUUAGGCCCCACCAAAUCACAUUAAAGCAAGUACAAUGCAUCCUCAUCAAGUGCAACACGUUAUUUUAGAUCCAAGAGGCAAACAUUUGGUGGUAUUUUGCAUAUAUGUUGUACAUGUUUCCUGUAUUUUUCUUAAUAUUUGGUGCACUGUAAAAGAUGUGUUGAGUAUUGCUUUGUGUUGACAUAGGUCAUAAAGAGUACACUGUUUAUUGGAAUGAAGCAGGAUCAGAAAACUUGUUGUGGCUGUACUUCUACUACUACUACUUCUUCUUCUGUCACUAUCCUCGCACCACCGCCUUUGGAAGCACGUUUGAAUCCGGAAAAAGUUCUGAUUGUGUCACCAGUCAUUGUUUUUAGAUUGAUUCCUUUAUGUCUCUCUGCUGUUCUUGGGAAAUGUUAAUGUGUAUUAAUGGAGAAAAAGGAGUAUCACAUUCCCAUACACAUUUUGUAUUGGUUCAUAAAUAGACAUUUUUACAAAACAAUGAAGAGUUCUUGUCUUAAUAAAAAAGAAAAGAUAUUAAUGUCCAAAAUAA